AUGCUGUUCAGGCACCUUGUGUUGGCCGCUGUCGCCACCGCAUUCGUCAUCAUCCCCGAAAUAUCCGAGAAUGACGAAAAUAUAUUCAAGGCGCUUCCGAUCGAUAAUCCUGCCGGCGCGCUCCCUUACGGCAUCCCAGAGUCGGCCCUCCAGCAAAGUGUUUCCGUCCCUUGCCCCGGUUGCAAGGGCAGGCACACAGAGCUGCGCUUAGACUUCAUGAUCGAGGAUGAGACCAAACUAUUACUCAACGGGUUCGAGCUGUACCCGGACGCCAACCCUUGGAGCGGCGACUUGCAUGCUGCGGUUGUUCACGGCCACAGACACAGAAAGCCAAAGAGCAAGAAGCUGGGCUACAGCCUGGCCGUUUACCCCAAGGCCACGGCAAAAGAGGACAGCAUGGAGUUGAUCGAGGUUGAUCUGAGGAUUAUCGAAGUCGGCACCCGAUUUGUGGACGGGAUCCCUCCUGUCAAGGUUGGGCUCAUCAAAACUCCAGGUGGAAGCCUCGCCAUGGCCACGGUCGUGUUCGAUCAACCAGCCAAGUCCUCAUGCACCACGAUCUGGUGUCGCGCGAAGGAACUAGCAGACAAGCUAUGGGCGCAGGCUCAGAAGGUCAAGGGAUGUGGAAAGAGCUCUCCCCCGAAGCUGGACUCUGGGGUUGAGAGCACGAGGCCAUCUGAAACCGACAAGACUAGUGCAGAAUUUAUCCCCGACAUGCCGGAGCCAACCAUUAGCUCCAAGGAAGAAUGGCGUCAUUUAAUGAAGAGCGUUGCUGGGCACAUUAUCAUGCCUAUUGUCAUGGGAGUAACAGCUGGCGUUGCUGUCGCUUUCCUUGCACUCUGCAUUCAGAGCAUGGCCAGGCGCCUCAGCAGCCUUAUCCGCGGCAAGCGCAACUGCGAUCAUCGCAGCGAAUCGCACAAAGUGCCACAUAAUGAGCAGGCCACCUCGGAGGAGAAGGCACAACUUAUGGCAUAG